UAUAUAUAUAUACAUAUAUAUAUAUAUGUAUGUGUGUGUGUGUGUGUGUGUGUGUGUGUGAGAGUGAGUGAGUGUGUAUGUGAGAGUGAGUGAGUGAGUGUGUGUGAAGGGGAGAGAGAGCGAGAGAGAGCGAGAGAGAGAGAGAGAUCCAGCAGCCAGUGUAGAGUAAAGUGUGAUUCGAGGAUGGAUGCAAUACCGUGCUGUCUCGCUUUCCUGCUUCUGUUCUUUAACGCUUGGAUUCACCAAUCUGAAGCCUUACAAUGCUACUGUCACCGCUGCCCGAACUCGACGUGCACCACGGACGGUCUGUGCUACUUCGCCAUCACCAAGUCAGCCAGUGGGAUUAAGAAGGAAAGCUGGUGUAUCGGCGACAAUGAGCUGAUCCCACGCGACCGGCCCUUCGUCUGCGCACCGUCCACCAGGGACAACACGGGCGUCUACCCCAUGUGCUGCAACACGGACUGGUGCAACAAGAACCCCAACCUCAGCAUCGUUCCAGGUCCGACAGAGAAGCCUUCCUCGCUGGGUCCCGUGGCUCUAGCGGCUGUGAUCGCUGGGCCCGUGUGCCUGCUCUGCUUCGUGCUGGUCACUGUGUUCUACGUGUGCCACAGCCGCUCGGUCAUCCACCACCGCGUGCCUAAUGAGGAAGACCCAUCCAUGGACCACCCGUUCAUCACCGUGGGCACCACGCUCAAAGACCUCAUCUACGACAUGACCACAUCCGGAUCAGGCUCUGGUCUCCCGUUGCUGGUGCAGAGGACCAUUGCCAGAACCAUCAUCCUGCAGGAGAGCAUCGGGAAAGGCCGCUUUGGGGAAGUGUGGAGGGGAAAGUGGAGAGGAGAGGAAGUGGCAGUGAAGAUCUUCUCCUCUCGGGAGGAGCGCUCCUGGUUCCGUGAGGCUGAAAUCUAUCAGACGGUCAUGCUGCGUCAUGAGAACAUCCUGGGCUUCAUCGCUGCUGAUAAUAAAGAUAAUGGAACAUGGACCCAGCUGUGGUUGGUGUCAGAUUACCACGAGCACGGCUCCCUGUUUGACUACUUGAACAGAUACACAGUGACCGUGGAGGGCAUGAUCAAGCUGUCCCUGUCCACCGCUAGCGGCCUGGCUCAUCUGCACAUGGAGAUCGUAGGAACACAAGGCAAACCAGCUAUCGCUCACAGAGAUCUGAAAUCCAAGAACAUUUUGGUGAAGAAGAACGGCACAUGCUGCAUCGCAGACCUUGGUUUGGCCGUGCGCCAUGACUCGGCCACAGACACCAUCGAUAUCGCCCCCAACCACCGAGUGGGUACCAAAAGGUACAUGGCCCCUGAGGUCCUUGACGAUUCAAUAAAUAUGAAACAUUUUGAGUCAUUCAAGCGAGCAGAUAUCUACGCCAUGGGCUUAGUCUUCUGGGAAAUAGCAAGCAGAUGCUCGAUUGGAGGCAUUCACGAAGACUACCAGUUGCCGUAUUACGAUCUGGUGCAGUCAGAUCCGUCAGUGGAGGAAAUGAGGAAGGUGGUGUGUGAGCAGAAAUUGCGGCCCAACAUUCCCAACAGAUGGCAGAGCUGUGAGGCUCUGCGGGUGAUGGCGAAGAUCAUGCGAGAAUGCUGGUAUGCCAACGGAGCUGCUCGCCUCACCGCCCUGCGCAUCAAGAAGACGCUCUCUCAGCUCAGCCAGCAGGAGGGGAUUAAAAUGUAGGCCUGCGCUCCGGAAGAGCUACACACCUUGGCAUAUUAUUAUUAUUUUUGUUUCUUUGUUUUUUCAAAUAUCUGUUCAUUAUAAAAGUCAUGCUCAUUUUUCUGAUUAUCCAUGAUUAUUGCAUUACAACUUUGCGUCCUCCAUGCGUGAGGGAGAAAACGAGAGGGAGGACAUGAGGACUAAGAAUGAAGGCUUGUUUGGAUUUUUUUUUCUUUAGCUUUGAAUGGUUGACUUUAGCCAGUGAAGGUCAUUUAAUGGUCAGGUACAUUUUUUUCCUGGUAGUCUUGGAGAGAUGAGAUUUGCUGGAGACAUAUCUCUAUAGGGAAUUUGCACCUUGUGUUUUCUCUCUUUCCUCAACACUUGUUUUUUUUUCUAACUUAUUUUUUGCUUUGGGUUUUUUUCCCAACAAACUGGACAUGACCUCAUUCAGUCUUGGCAAACAUGCUGCAACAUAUGCAAUAUAGAGAAAUCCUAUCCUAUAUUUUAUAUCUUGAUAUGAUCUGUUACUACGGCAACAGUUACAACAGCUUCAACAGCUACAAUGGCAUCCGUGCCCUCCAAGCCAGGUGUUACCGGAAAGUGCCACUGCUUUAAACCAACGUUCCCUCAUGCCGUGGCUCGGCCCCUUUACCUUUCGCUGUCCGUCUAAACGAAAGAGAACGCGAGAAUGAGUGCUACCGUCACAGGCUCGCGGACAAGUCUGUCAUGGCGUCCGUCUUUAUUAUGCACACGCAGCGAACGUUAGCAAGGGGCCACCACACACAACAUGCUGGUGCCAUUUCUUCGGUUUUACAUCAUCUUUAUCCUUUUCAUCAUCAUCUUCAAUGCAGCACAGAGGGACAUUUCAGCUCAGACCUCAGUUCAUCUCCAGUAAAGCUGAUCACCAGUCCGUGUUGCUGAAUGGCAGCUGAGGAUUGGCUGUCGCAUGUUCGCUCCUCCCUGACACAAUGAUCUGGAAAGAGGAUGCUCUGAGACCUAACGUGGCCACGUCGGCCUCUUUUCGUUCCCCGGAAUGCACUCUCUUUUAUUCCUAACUGAAACACAGAUUUGGAUAAACUGAGCUACUCUCACAGACUGGCGCUUUAAUGCAGAAGACUGGAUGAAAAUUUAAAAAAAAAAAAAAAAAAGAAGAAGAAGAAAUAGAAAAAAGAACCUAUGAGCAGUAUGACUAAAUAAAAACUCAUUGCAAUGUUUGAAGUUGAACACAUCAGCAUUACUCAAGUUGCCGUGUAAAAAAAAAUGGUCUUUCUUAUGGUACUUUUUGUUUUCAGUGUUGCAAAGAUGAUGGAGUAUAUUCAUUUAUCUAUAUAGCAAAUAGAUCUUUACUAAGCCAUAGAUUUUCCAACAUUUUAUGGCAACUCUUUUUUUUUUGUGUGUGUAGAAUGUAACUUUUAAGAAAAAUCCUGUUGACUGCUUCAGAUCUCCAUUGAGCAAGCCUUAAGGGACCAAUAGCAUUGGAUGUUCCUCUUUUGUUAAAAAAAAAAAACAACAAAAAAACAACAAAAAAAAAAAAAACAAGUGAUGUUUCAAAUAAUUGUCCUUAAACAGUAGGGUUAAUGUUCUGUAUAACGGAAGGAUUAAAUGUAGCAACAAAUCUGGCAGUUUUGUUUCUUAUAUCUGUCGAAGGAUGUCCUUUUUGCCACACAAAUAAGCUUACAGUCAGAAAGGCAAACCCGAACGAGAUUCGUUAUCACAUUUUAAAGCGUCUUUGUGCCGCGCUGUUGUAGGUAAAAGUACGAUGGGUUAGUGUGAACUACCAUGAAAUUGAUUAUUUUCCAAUAACAGCACAUCGUGAUGGGUUUCAUUCCUCAUAUAAAACAGCAAUUUGCCACGAUUACAAUUUUUUUACUACACGUCAUACUUUGUAUUCGUUUAUAGUUACAUUUUAUGUUACAACCUGGUUUGUGUUAGUCAUACGGGAAAAAAAAACCCAAACCGGAAAGCCCUCCGUCUGAAGACUUUCUUGGUACAGCUUUACCUCUGACUGUUACACAGUGCUGACACUGGAGUCUCCUUUCAAAAAAUGCUAAAUAAACACAUCACCACAUGUUUCAUUUUUUCAAUCCAUUUAUAUUGAGCAUCCACGAUACAAGUCACUGUAUAGAAACGAAAGCAUAUUCGGACAAUUAUGUUAACUUUGUAGCCAGCACUACUGUCCGAGUAGCUGUUAUAGAAAAUAAAUCAACACCUUCUGAUCAGAAUUGAGCGUUCAGCAGUGCUGUGUUAUAAUCCAAAUUAUAAAAUGUAUUGUUUGGAUGAUUGAGGAAUGUCCACUUUAUCUAAAGCAUCCAUUUUAAGGCUUUAGUGCUGGUUGAAGCAUGGUACUUAGCAUGCUCAUCAUGUUUUGUCUGUUUUAUUUGUCUGAUGCUUUUUUUUGGCACUUUAGAGUGAAACAUAAUUAACACCCAGUGGCCAAGAUGGCCUCUGAAUAGCAUGGCAUGUUAACAGUGCAUUCCUGUACUGUGAUUAUACAGAUUAUAUACAAGCUUUUAUACCCUUCAGCCAAAACAUGGGGAGGGGGAAGGGAAUAAUCUUUCAUUAGACACAACACACUGUGCAUGUUUAUUAGUGUGGCAAAUGGAUGUUAAUUUGUGUUGCUUCUUUUCACUGGUCAGAAAUUUGGAUCGAUUGUGUCUUAAGGCAAAAUGGCUACAUUUUUUUUUGCCUCUGUACAGGAGCAAAAAAAGGAUUUCAGUUCUCACAAUGAUUGGUAAUUUAGUUUGCAGGAUUUGAAUAGAACAACUUUCAGAUCGAGGCCCAUUCCUGAAAUCUUUGUCAUUCCACAGUGCUUUUAAAAUAUGUAGGACAACCUUUCAAAUGUCAAAGUAAAAUUCGGAAAAUGCUUUUAACAGAAAGCACGCUUGAUUUUUUUUUUCUUUUUGUCAUUCUUCUCUCCUCAGGUUUUGCUCGAUUUGGUUAUUUGCACAUGUGGAGUGCUUCCACACUCCACAUAUGCAAAUAUGUAUGAUAUGCAUGUAUGAAAUAUCAAUUCACUCAUUUUAGAUAAAAGUAUAAGACCAUAUUCAGGGUUUUUUUUUUCCUAACUGGCAUACAUGCAAUGAAUUUUAUUACGUUUUUGGUUAGAGGACACAGAUUUCCCUUUUCUGCUCCAGUACACUUUUGUUUCCCCCCCCCCCCCGAAAUUAAUUCCUGUUAUAUGCUGAGAAACGUCCUGAGUGGAGUAAAUGUAUAAUGGAGGAAGUGUGUAUAAAUAUGUACAUUGUAAAUAAGUAUCUAAGUGUAUGUAACUUGUCUGCUAGCUUGGUGGCCCUAAGGCACGUACAAUUGGUCAAGAAAAAUUGGACAGCUGAAGUUAAAGUGAACCCAGUAUGGUCAAGGAUAGAGCACAUCCCCUCCAGAAGGUAUUAUAUCAUACAGCCUAAAAGGGAAGAAAAUGAGAUUUUGGUCAUUUAUUAUUGCUAAGGUCCAUCAAAGGCGAGUGUAAUCAUACUUUCUGGGAAAUUUAUUUCAUCGUGCCACUGCAGACGUUCCUGGGCCUACGUGCAUUUUUCGUCCGACACAUUUCUGUCUUAAAUCACCAGCAGCCUUUUUUUCUUUACGGAUUCAGCAGUGACCUAUUUAGACGCGAAAACAUGCAUAUCCAGGUAUUUCCUCACAGUGACAUGCAGGUAUCCUCCUGGCCUUGACAGGUCAAACCACACCAGCUAUGACUUUUAACAGGAAAUCCAUACCGCUGCACCUCCGGUUCCAUGCGAGCGGGUGAGAGCGAGAGGACUCUCUCUAUAACACUUGCUCCCUCACUGCAUACCGUCUUGUAGCUAGGAGAUUUUUCAUAUAUUUAACGUCAUAUUAUGUACAGUAGGAAGGCAUGGGCUGUUCGGACAGGCUCCUCGACCUCUCUCCCGCUCUUUUGCUCUCGAUGUCACUUACUUCUGUGCCUCCAAACCCAUCUGCACCCUUGAACAUGGGCGAGGAUACACUCAUCCCGGGUGAUUUUAACCGACAGUGUUUUCAUUAGGGGUCCUGUUAUGUGGCCCAGACUCCUGCACAACCGUCUGCUGAUAAAUUGCUGUGUGUUUGCUCUUUUUAUGAUGCAUUAUGCAGCUUUUCCAUGCAACCAUGCACAGAUAUUUGCACAAAAGACUAACUCAGUUUAACUCAUGCCUUUUUUUUUUUUUGAAGUGGAAUAAUUCUGGAAAGGUAAAUGUCUCUCCUGAAUGCAGCAGACGUGAACGUAAACUUUAAACUCGACAUUCCCACCAAUUGGUGUGCCACCAAUUAGAGCACGACUCGCUGAGCAAUUUCAAUAAAGGUCAUGCAUAUGCCGAAGAGGUCGUACAGACGGGUUAGUGAGUUAUGCAAAUGUGUACGGCGACACAGUCCUCAGGCUUUCUACUGGCAAUUGCCAAGUUAUUUAUUACAGUUCGAUUCUUUAUCUAUGCCAACAUCCAGACACUGUGAGAAAGAUCCUGGAGGGACGGUGGCCCGGUAGCACCAAAAAUCAUGUGAGUAGGUAAUGAAACAGUGGAGCUGAUUUGAUUUGAAGGAAAUGGACCGGCGUGGAGAAAGCAGGAGUCUGGGUCAUUAAAGGACCGCGGAGCCAACCAAGGUGCUUUUUCAUUCUGUGUGUGUGUGAGUGUGUGUGUGUGUGUGUGCACGCCUGUGUGUGCGCACUCGUGUGUGUGUGUGCGUACAUUAUGGAAAGGCAGAAGAAAGCUUUAUCAAGUUUUAUUUGGUGCCUAAGUUUGACUAUAUUGUGUUUUGUAUUCCAUGUAGAAUGAUGCACUGCAUGCGACUGAUUUCUAAUGUUUGCAUCAUUUUGGUUUUUAAGGAAAUUCUUAAAAGAAGAAAAAAAGGUGAAAGGCUUAAUUAGUUUAAAAAAAAAAAAAGGUCAGAAAGUAAUCCAGAGGAAAAAAAAUACCUCCUUCAAAGACCAAUGUAUUUUUACCUCACUGUAUAUAUUCUAUUUGUUUACUUCAAGUUUGCAAAUUUGUUUCUAUGAAAUGCUAAAUUGAAGAAUUCACAUUUUGUGUCAGUGGUACAUUUAUGUGGCAUUGUGUUGUUCUUGUGUCUAAAUGAACUGUUCUUUUUUUUUUUUUUUUUUUUUUUGAACCAUCAUCUGUACUUUAUUUCUCGUUCUGUUCUGUUCUUUAGUUCUUAAGUGCUUUAUCAGACCAUGUAUUUUAAUGCCUCUUUCUCAAUUGUGUAGAAAAUGCAUUAUGGGCCUUUUUGUAAAAAAAAAAAGAAAAAAAAAGUCCGAGCUGGUCAGUAGUGAUUGGUGGCAGAGAGAGCUCUCAUUAAGGCUUUGUGGCCCACUUGAUUUUUAAAGCAUUAUUUAUAGACUUUUUAUAGUGUGUACAGAAGUACAAAUGAACAACAUAGGAACGUAGGGGAGUGACGCUGAUGUGCCAUUCUAACAUAGUGGACUAGAAAUGAGUGUGAAUAAAAAAAAUUCAAAUUUC